UUAAACUCAGAGCACAGGGCACAGCCAAGUUGGCGCACGUGCGUUUGGAUGAAGUGUGACAGGCCGUGAGGGUUUGUUCUGCACUCCUGAAUGCUACACUGCCUCCAUCCCUGCAGUGCUGGACACGGCCGGCCAGGAGGAAUUCAGUGCCAUGCGAGAGCAGUACAUGCGCACAGGUGACGGCUUCCUCAUCGUCUUCUCCGUGACAGACAAGGCCAGCUUCGAGCAUGUGGACCGAUUCCACCAGCUGAUCUUGCGUGUGAAGGACAGGGAGUCCUUCCCCAUGGUCCUGGUGGCCAACAAGGUGGACCUGGUGCACCUGAGGAAGGUGACGACUGAGCAGGGCAGGGAGAUGGCGGCCAAGCACAGUAUUACAUACAUCGAAACGAGUGCCAAAGACCCUCCCAUGAAUGUGGACAAAGCAUUUCAUGAGCUGGUCAGAGUGAUCAGGCAGGAAAUCCCAGAGAAGAGCCAGAAGAAGAAGAAAAAGAAGGCCAAGUGGCGUGGGGACAGGUCCACCGGCUCUCACCGGCUCCGCUGUGUCAUUUUGUGAGCGGUCCAUGCUGGGGAUAAUGGCUUGGCGCUGCCAUGCCUCUUGCCAUCACAGCCAGGAGAACUGCACAUGCUCAGCCUCCACAUCGCAUCCCCUGAUCGUUUGUGAAAGGGGUGAGGCUCAGGGUGGUCUGAUCCCGCCCCACCAACCGGCCAGGAUGAAGACUGGUUCAUGUUUGGGCACUGGGGGGAGGGGGAGCGCACUAGGUUUCCCAAGGAGUGAGGCAUGACCAAUCCUGGUCCGCUUUUUCUACCGGGCUUUCUGGGACAGGAACGUCACAGUGAGGAAGAGCGGGGGCUGUCCCCUUGCGAGGCAGAAGCAGUGACCCACAGUUUGGACGCCCAGAUGAGCUCCAGCUGGCCGGGGGAGGAGCCCCAGUAAUUGGCGCCAUUACAGGGUCUGACACCGUGUGGCCCAAGGGUUACACAGUGGCUUGGUGGGGGUGGGGUGGGAACCUACAGCGUGUAGUGUUUUAAUUUAUUUAUUUUUUGGUUUUGCGGGUCCAGCAUGUUGAGAACGCCCUGUGCCUUUUUUUUUUUUUAUGUUAGGCAUGAACAUUUAGCGUCGGGGGAGGGGUUGGGUUGGAUCAUGAAGCCAACAUACAAGUGAGACUUUUUUUGAAGGACGUCUUUCUUAACGUUGAUCUACAUACCCUUCUGGCAUGUAUUCGGAGGGUCUGUGCACCAGAAAGGAAUGUCAGGCUUGGAAAGCCAAUAAAACCACACUCAUGUUUGACAUACCUGCUGCUUCCCUUCGGUGUAGCAAACCGUGACAAGAUAGCUAGCUGGGGGUUGUUGAUGACCUUCCUGUCACUGAUGGCCGGCUUAUCGUUCCGACAGGGUGUUCGUGGUGAGACGCCUCCCUUAUCUGCUGGGAGACAAAAAUGAAGCCUGACUGUUUUUCGUGCAGUUUUUAGAUGUUGCAAUUUGACUGAUUUUUAUGGCUGAUUUUCAUAUUUAUUUCCAUCGUGUGAGUUUUUUUUUUUUUUUCCCCAUGCAUCCCACUGGCUGAGAUCCGUGGGGGGAGUGGAAGCCGUGAGUGGUGGCCUGCCAGCCGAACCUGCUGGUGUGAAGGACUGGGGGGAAAUAAAAGAAAGAUCGUGACUAAACAGAGCAAAUGUAAUGUUUGUGUCAGGAAGUGUUAGAAACUAUGUAACAGGAAAUACUGGAGACUAAAGGAGAUAGUUUACACUG